AUGUGUGAAGCGGAUGCCGAUGCACCCCCCAUCACCAGAGCUGACAAGUGCAAUUGGAGAUCGACGAGGCUGCUGAUCUGGAUCACUUGCCGCGAUGAAGACGGCGCCGACAAGCGUCGAAGAGGGAGCAAGUGAAGCUGCGAAAAGAGAUGGCAGAGCACGAGGUGCUUGAUGCAGCUGUUUGUUGGGACAACAUCGCACAAGCCGAGCCGUCGGUCAAGCACGACAAGUGA